UAUGAAAUGGUGUCUCACCCAUAAUUUCUUGUCUGUUACUUUUUGUGGAGACUCUCAAUUGGUGAUCAAGGAUAUAACAUCGAGGCAGACUUCUCAUUUAAGAGUGGGAGCCAUUCUAGAGGAAGUUCACUCUCUUCUUCCCUUCUUUUCCUCAGUCUCGUGUCACUUCGCUCCUUGGAGCUUCAACAGAGUUGUCCACCUCGUGGCAAAACAUGCUCUUUUAUCGGGAGUCCGGUUGCAUACGGACUACCGUUCUUUGUUAGUGUCUGUCUUGUAAUUGUGUUGUCCGGCCAUGCCCUGGGGGCUUAUCUUGGAUAAAAGAGAAACAAAAAAGCAAUAACCCUACUAGCUAGGCAAGUUGACUCAAACAAUCUUCCUACCUUAAUAGGGUGGCUGUCGGUUUCGCAUUCAGCCCAAAACUUGAUAAUGACCCAUGAAAUGAGUAAACUUUUGGCAACUCAUAUUUUUUCGAUUUUCAGAUUUCGGGUACCAAAACCCGAAAUCCCCCUUAUCGAUAUUAAGUUCGAUUUACAAAAGUCGUGGUUUCAAUUUUUUAUGUACAAAAAAUGGGUACCCGAACCCAAACCGAACCAUCACCCCUAAGAGCAUCUCCAUUGGUGCAAUGGCAUUUGUUUUUUUUUUUAUUGUUACUUCAUUUUUUUGCAAUCCAACUCAUCUUACUUGCAUUGCACCACAUCAAUGCAAUUAACAUACAAUUGCAACUAAUUUAUUUAUUUAAUUUAUUAAAACAUAAACACUCAAAUAAUAAAAAUUAAUGAAUAAUUUAAUAAUAAAAAAGAUGAUGUGGUUUGCAUUCCAUAAUUGCAUUAUAUGCAAGCUUGUAAAGAUGCAAUUAUCAUCUACAUCAAUACAAUUGCAAAUUAAUGUCAUAUCAUAAUACAAUUCUAAUUUCAAUUUCAAUGGAGAUGCUCUAAUUGUGUCCCUAUUUUCAGCCUGAAAAUCCCAUAAUAUUCAAAUAUCAGGGCAGCCCUCCUUUCCCCUCCGAAUCUCUAACAAAUUUCGAUAAAAGAAAAUGUCCAAACAGAAACCAAACAACUGGAAAUUAAAAGCUAAUAUAACUGUUCCUGUCUCCAGUUAAAAACAAAAAACGGAGGCCCAUCCAUCAUCACUACUACUGUAUGCAGUUUCAGUGAAGAACUCAAUUAUUGUGUUGAAAAUCGGUUCAGAUGCCAGAAAAAGAACAUCCAAUCCAACCCCUGACUACGUGCAUCGUAUUCCACAUGUUUGCCAGCAAAGCCAUGACGUCACCUAUCUUAACCUUGUCCACCAAGCUACGGCUCUCGCUGUAGUCUGACCAAACAAUAUCUUUCUAACUCAUCAUAUAUAUAUAUGUACCACAAUUGGCUAGCUAACUAGUAGCCACCAACCCCCUCACAGUAAACAAAACAACAAAAAUCAACCACCAUGGCGACUACAAACACACUUGCAACGGCGGCGGAGCUGGUCUUCGUGCCGUCGCCGGGCGCCGGCCACAUUUUCCCCAUGCUGGAGCUGGCGGAGCAGCUCGUGAACCGCGACCCGAGGCUCUCCAUCGCCUUCUGCCUCAUGAAGAUGCCUUUCCAGCAAACAUCUAAUUACGAUUUCCAGCCCUCCGCCUCCGGCCGGCUCCGGUUCGUUGACCUCCAGCCCACGACCGUUGAUCCGGAAACCCCUCCCACCGACGCCUUCGCCUCCUUCAUCGACGGCCACGCCCCGCAGAUUAAGGAAGCCGCCGCCUCCGCCAACAACACGGCGUCAUCGUACCGCCUCGCGGGCUUCGUCCUCGACAUGUUCUGCACCUCGUUCAUCGACGUGGCCGACGAGCUCGGCGCGCCGUCCUACGUCUUCUACACGUGCGGCGCCACGUGCCUCGCCUUCAUGCUCCACGUCCAGUCCCUCUUCGACAGGGGCGAGUUCGACCCGGACGAGUUGAAGGACUCGGACGCUGAGCUGGCGGUUCCGGGCUUGCGGGAUCCGCUCAAGGGGAAGCAACUCCCGUCGGCGGUGGUGCAGCCGGACUGGCUGCCGGCUCUCAUGCGCCACACGAGAAGAACGAGAUUGGCCAAGGGUAUUUUAGUAAACACGUUCCACGAUUUCGAGUCACACGCCGUUGCUUCCCUGACGACUGGUCAAACACCUCCGAUCUACACGGUGGGGCCCAUCAUCGACCUCAAGAUGAAGGGAGAUCGUACAGCUGGCGAAAAGGAGAUCGUGGAUUGGCUGGACCAGCAGCCGACGUCGUCGGUUGUGUUCCUCUGCUUCGGGAGCAUGGGAAGCUUCGAUGAGGAACAGGUGAAGGAGAUCGCAGCCGCGUUGGAAGCGAGCGGGCAGCGGUUUUUGUGGUCCCUUAGGAAGCCGCCGCAGAAGGGGAAAUCGGAGUUCUUCCCGUCCGAAUACGACGACGUUAAGGAAGGGUUGCCCGAAGGAUUCCUGGACCGGACAGCUGGGCUAGGGAAGGUAAUCGGUUGGGCCCCGCAGACAAGGAUUUUGGCCCAUCCAUCGGUGGGCGGGUUCGUGUCCCACUGCGGGUGGAACUCGACUCUGGAGAGUACUUGGUUCGGUGUUCCGGUUGCCACGUGGCCGAUGCACGCGGAGCAGCAGUUGAAUGCGGUUAUGUUGGUGAAGGAGCUGGAGGUGGCGGUGGAGAUCAGGAUGAGCUAUCGGAAGACGAGCGGAGAGGUGGUGCCGGCGGAGGAGAUUGAGAGAGGGAUAAGGGGUUUGAUGGCUGCGGAGAAUGAGGGGAGGAGAAUUAAGGUCAAAGAGAUGAGUGACAAGUGUCGGAAGGCGGUGGAAGACGGCGGGUCUUCUUACCACUCCAUUGGACGAUUCAUUGAGGAUGUGAUUACUGAUUAGCAACACCAUGAAAAAGUUGAAAGAUUAUGAAAUUAGGUUAUUGCCGAAGACUUCUUCUUUCUUUUUGCCUUGGUGCUCGGUAAAACAACUUUGUGACAAUAUUUUUAGAUGCUUUAAAUAUUUGCUCAAAGUCAAAAUUAAUAAAUCAUCUAUCAGUUCCUACCGUCCAUCGUGCAUGAUUGAAGGAUCCAUUGAAUUCCCAUAAAUUGAUAAUUCAUCAAGGUAUUGGGCCUAUCCUGGAUCAAAUGGUACAUAUCCAAUAGUUCCUGCAAGGAUCAAAGUAGAUACAAUGAUAAUCGUAAUUGUUCGGAAUUACACACUCCAAAAGUGGGCAUUCCUACGGAAAAUAUCACAAUUACUGAUAGUAAAUACUCAGUUUAAUA